CAGCAGCAGUGUAGGAAAAAGACGAAUGAAUGAAUGGGGCUGAAGAGGAGGAGGAGGAGCAUUAGGUUUUCAGGAUCUUGCUUCCUGCGGUUUCGACCAUGUCGGUACUUGCACACGUUAGGAGCCACCUGUCUCCGAGUUCUCCUGAUUCCUCCUAACUACUACUACUUUAUAUGAUCACAGGGACUAUUAAUCCGAGUGCGGUACCUUUAUUAUGCCCUCUCCUCUUUUGUGUUCUUAUAUACAGUUGGGUUGGAUUCCGAACCGCUGCAAAUUUCCAAAAAGGCUCUUGUAACUUGUUGGCAUUCGUUCAACUGCCAAGGCGUUUUCCUAGAUAAUUGUACUCGUUGCGUGUAGAACACAAGUGAUUCCUCGCUAUGGGGGGUCAAGAAACAAGUCCUUACUUAGUCAGCUCUUCAAGCUUGAAAAUUCGGCCUCAAAGCCCCUUCCCAUCCAACGCCAGUUCUUCUCUGUACCCAAAAAUUCAAAGCGAGGGACGUCCUCCAGCAGCAGCAGCAGCAGCAGACAUGGCCAGUGGUUCGGCCAAUUCUCCGGUCGGUGCGUUCGAGGAGCUCCUGGUGACCAUUCCAGGUGCCUUAGUUCAUCUUGUGGACGAUCAGGAGAGUGUUCUUCUAGCCAGUGGCGAUUUCUCUAUUGUAAGGAUCAAUCAACAGAAUCAGAGGAUUGUGGUGCUCGUGCGUGCUGGAGACAGUUUGCAAUGGCCUUUGGUGAGUGAUGAGCAGGUGGUGAAGCUUGACUCCAUUCACUACGUCUUCUCGCUUCCCAUGGCACCCACUUUGGAUGAAGCCGUUGACGGGACUGCUUCUGAGGCUGUGUCGAGGGCCCAGGGAGGAGAGAAAGUUCAUUAUGGAGUUACCUUCGCAGCACAGGGACAGGAGGAAGAUUUGAGAUUGCUGGAUGAUUUGCUGGAGUCUUACAGCUUUUUCUCUUCUCCAUCGCUUGUCCACGGUGACAAUCAGAAAGAAACCGUUGAAAGACAUCUUGCUUCCAAAGAUGACCUUGUGGUCGAUACAAGGGGUGCCACGGUUGUUCCAGCAUCGGUGGUUACUGGAAAUGGCAAGCAGAUCACAGAGGAAAACCAGAGAAUAUUCUGGACAGCGAUGGCACCUAAUGUGGAUGACUACGGUAACAGUCUGGCGAAGGCGAUUGCAUCUGGUACAGGCCAGAUAAUUCGGGGCAUCUUUUGGGUUCGGGAUUCAACUGUCAAGACGCUGGAGAGUGGUUCUAUAAAUGUGACUAGAAAUUCUAAACCUACCGACCAUCCUAGUGAUAUUAGACCGUCAACAUUGCGCAACCUGCAAAGUCUUACUUGCAGAGUCAAUUAUCUAUCGAAAGCUACGGACGAUUUUGCCAAGAGUGUGUUAUCAGGAGUGAUAUCGACUGUGGGAAUUAUUCCAAAUGCCAUCAUCAGGUCUAGUGUUGGAAGAGCAAUUCUCAAGACUGCUCCUGGAGAAGUGGCAUUGGCUUCUAUGAUAUCAUUUUGGAAAUUGUUCGAUGCUGUGGAGCAAGCCUCUAGAGAUGUUUUAAAAACUGGUACAGCAGCUGCAGCUACUGUAGUGACACAUAAGUAUGGAGAACCUGCAGGAACAGCAACAGGACAAACCUUGGGGACUGCCGGUCACAUGGUGGGAACAGCAUGGAGUGUAGCCAAGAUUCCUAAAGCUUUUAAUCCUACAGCAGCAUUGAAGCCCUCUAAAGCAACUGUCAUGGCACUGAACUCACCAAAAUUAACGAAAUAGAAAAUUUCCAACUUUUCACCAAUUGUAUCAUGAGAUUCAAUUAAAAAGUUAUAUACUUAUAUCAUA